AGACACACGACCCUCCACAUCCUCCAGGGAUCCAUCAUGUUUCCAGCUGCAUGGGCCCCAUCAGGGCCAGAGGGUUCUGCUUCGCUCUGUCUUCUUCAAUUGCAUUGAGAGACUAACUGACUGAUAUGCAAAGAGAAGCUGCAAAAAGACAACAAAGCACAAAGAUGAAAAGCAGAGCAGAUGGAGAGGAAGGAGGAGAAACAAAGUGUCUCACAGAGAGAGAAGUUCAUGUUGGGUUAGAAUCAGAACAUCGAGUCAAAAUGUUCACGAGUCAAAUUUGGCUGGAAAUACAUUUUACAGUUUAAUUAGUGAUGCAUCACAGGACACAUCCAUCCAACCUGUGUGAGUCCUGCUCCGUUUCCCUGCUGCCUCCAUCCCAGCCUGAUGUGUCAAAGGUCAUGACCUCUGCUGCCUCCAUCCCAGCCUGAUGUAUCAAAGGUCAUGACCUCUGCUGCCUCCAUCCCAGCCUGAUGUAUCAAAGGUCAUGACCUCUGCUGCCUCCAUCCCAGCCUGAUGUAUCAAAGGUCAUGACCUCUGCUGCCUCCAUCCCAGCCUGAUGUAUCAAAGGUCGUGACCUCUGCUGCCUCCAUCCCACCUGAUCAGUGUGAGCUUCAUGACUCCAUCAGCCUCCAGGAAACCACAGACCUCCAUGCUGCAUUCAUGAUCUCAGGAGAUCUCAGCAGCUGCAGCUCAGACUGAAACACUGAAGACUUUCAGCAAGACGACGUCCCAACAAACCAGGAGACCCACUGGGAGAGAUGGGAGCUUUCAGACAUGAUGUCUGCAGAGCUUCCUUCAGACCUACUUUGGACCUUCACAGCACAUUUCUGAUGGUUCUGCCAAGGAUCCACUCAGAACCUCACAGCAACUUCAGCAGCCAUGUUGAUGUGAACAUCAGAGAAACUCAUCAUGGAGCUGAAAUCUGAUCCUGCUGCAUCAUCUGGACCGGUUCCCCUCAGCCGACCCGUUCAGCAGCAGACCGGUUUCUGUGGAGGAUACUGGUACCGCUUUGGUUCUGGAACCAGACUGGAUGUUACAAGUAGAGCAGUGAAGAAACCCGAGGUGACUGUGUGUCCGGUGAAAACAGAAGGCCGUGUGGAGGGAGACACGGCUCUGAUGUGUCUGGCCUCGGCCAUGUAUCCUCCUCUGGUCCGGAUCUCCUGGAAAAGACAGAAGGGCAGCAAGGAGGAGCCGGCCCCCGCCGAGGAGAAACAGCAGGAGCUCAGCGGGUCAAAAAGUUCUGCCGUCAUCAGGCUGGUUAAAAAUGAGACUCUCUACAAUUAUGAAUACAUCUGUGAAGUUCAGCAUGAGGGCGGCAGCGUGAAAAACCAAACACGGUUCCAAGAACUUCCAGAACCUCCAGCACCAACAAGGUCUGUACCAGCAACAGAUCGGCCAGCAGCUCCUGCGCCGCCACCAGCAGCGUCUGUCCGUCCUCAGCUCCCAGUGAGGCUCCCAGUGAGGCUCCCAGUGUCCUUCCAGUCUCGCUGCAGGGUGAAGCUGCUCUGCCUGCUCUACUCAGUGCUGAUAGUGAAGAGUCUGGUGUACUGCAGUGGCCUCUCUCUGCUGAUGGUCCUCAGGAGCAAGGGCCCAGCCCCCAGCUGAACUGCUGCAGUUUAUCACAUUCAUCAGCUUUAAGAAACAUUGUUCAGGACAAACUGUGGAAUGUACUUUUGAUUUCAUUUUGCUGCAUUUUAUUAUAAUUUAAUUCUUUUUGCUUUUCACUUUUUACAGUGUUGUAGAUUCUACACAUUUAUUCAUUCUGUAUUUGAAUAAACUCAAACAUUUUUUGUCAUGUUUUUCACUUUUUAUAACUUUUAACUGACCUGAAUGUAAUGAAAUUAAAACAACAAUAAAAC